AUGAGCGACGCACAGGCUAACGAGGCCGAGAAGAACAUCGAGAUAUGGAAGGUCAAGAAGCUCAUUAAGCGCCUCGAGGCCGCUCGUGGUAACGGCACGUCCAUGAUCUCGCUGAUCAUCCCGCCCAAGGAUCAGGUCUCCCGUGCGGCAAAGAUGUUGGCCGAAGAAUACGGUACCGCCUCCAACAUCAAGUCGCGUGUCAACCGACAGUCUGUCCUGUCUGCCAUUACCUCCACCCAGCAGAGACUCAAGCUGUACAACAAGGUCCCUCCCAAUGGCCUCGUCGUCUACUGCGGUGAAAUCUUGACCUCGGAAGGCAAGGAGCGAAAGGUCAACAUCGAUUUCGAGCCCUUCAAGCCCAUCAACACCUCGUUGUACCUCUGUGACAACAAGUUCCACACCGAGGCCCUGGCUGAACUUCUCGAGUCCGACCAAAAGUUCGGUUUCAUCGUCAUGGAUGGUAACGGAGCACUGUUUGGCACUCUGAGUGGAAACACCCGAGACAUUGUGCACAAGUUCUCGGUCGAUUUGCCCAAGAAGCACGGUCGUGGUGGUCAGUCCGCUCUGCGUUUCGCCCGUCUGCGUGAGGAGAAGCGUCACAACUAUGUCCGCAAGGUUGCCGAGCUGGCUGUCCAGAACUUUAUCACUGCCGACAAGGUCAACGUGGCCGGUAUCAUUCUCGCCGGUUCUGCCGAUUUCAAGAACGACCUCAACGCCUCCGACAUGUUCGACAACCGUCUGGCUUCCAAGGUUAUCAAGGUUGUCGAUGUCUCGUAUGGUGGCGAGAACGGCUUCAACCAGGCCAUUGAGCUUUCUUCCGAGACUCUUGGAAAUGUCAAGUUUAUCCAAGAGAAGAAGCUCAUCGGCAAGUAUUUCGAGGAGAUCAGCCAGGACACCGGUCGGGUCUGCUACGGUAUCGAGGAUACCCUCAAGGCCCUCGAGCUUGGUGCUGUCGAGACUCUGAUUGUCUACGAGAACUUGGAGAUUACCCGCUGGACUGUUAAGGAUAGCAACGGAGCCGAGAUUCUCCUCCACACCACCAAGCAACAGGAGUCUGGUCCCCGCGACAAGUUCAUGGACAAGGAGACGGGCCAGGAGAUGGAGGUUGUCUCCCAGGAAUCCUUCCUCGAGUGGAUUGCCGAGCAUUACAAGGAUUUCGGCACCACCCUCGAGUUCGUUUCGGACAAGUCCACCGAGGGCAACCAGUUCGUGAAGGGCUUUGGCGGUAUCGGAGGCAUUCUCCGGUACAAGGUCAACUUUGAACAGUUGGCUGAAGUUGACGACGAUGACGAAUACUACGACGAUUGA